AUGAGCGGUCAGUUUGAGGAAGAUAUCCACGACCGGGGCGAGAGGAAGAGCAGUAAAUCCCCGACACUGCUCUCCUCUUACUGCAUAGACAGCAUUCUGGGCCGCAGGAGUCCCUGUAAGGUCAGACUGAUAGGGGCUCAAAGUUUGACGGGUCUGCCCGGCAGAGUGGAGCUCGACAGGACCGCCGACGGGCCAACUAAAGAGCCUCUCUCUCUCAGCGCUGACAUGCACCUGCCUCCAAAGCUCCGCCGGCUGUACGGACCUGGGGGGAAGUAUCUCCAUGAGCACGCAGAGAAGCUGGAGAGGGAAAGGCUCCUGCUGGAGCAAGCUAGCGAAAGCCUCAAAAUCAGCCAGGCGCCACAGGUGAGCAUCAGCCGUAGCAAGUCCUACCGAGAGAACGCGUCGCUGAGCCGGGGAGAGGGUGACCAGAGCCCCGGAGAGGCCUCGGAGGACGGCAGCAUGGGACUGGUGGAGCUCGGUCCGCUGAAGUUCGAGGAGGACGCGGGGAAGGAGGAAGAGGGCUGCGGGGACGCGGUGGCGCUAUCCCCGAAGGACGAGGAGAGGGAGAGCUUGAACGCCGGGGAUGGGGACGUGAGGGACGGGGAAGACAGCGUGUGUCUGUCGGCGGGCAGUGACUCGGAGGAAGGGAUGCUGAAACGGAAGCAGAGAAGAUACAGGACUACCUUCACCAGUUACCAGCUGGAGGAGCUGGAGAGAGCUUUCCAGAAGACGCACUACCCCGAUGUCUUCACCAGAGAAGAGCUCGCAAUGCGCCUGGAUCUCACCGAAGCCCGCGUUCAAGUGUGGUUUCAGAACCGAAGGGCCAAGUGGAGGAAACGCGAGAAGGCCGGGGUGCAGGCCCACCCGUCAGGCCUGCCAUUUCCAGGCCCUCUUGCAGCGGGCCAUCCUCUCAGCCACUACCUAGAGGGAGGACCCUUCCCUCCUCACCCACAUCCAGCUCUGGAGUCUGCAUGGACGGCUGCCGCAGCUGCAGCUGCAGCCUUCCCAGGCUUGGCUCCACCGCCUCACAACGGCUCUGGCCCACCCUUGGCUGCCCCACUCGGCCUGGGCACCUUCCUGGGCACGGCUGCCAUGUUUCGCCACCCUGCCUUUAUUGGACCCACUUUUGGCAGGCUCUUCUCCAGUAUGGGUCCUCUGACCAGUGCUUCCACCGCUGCAGCUCUCCUCCGUCAGCCUGCACCUCCUGUAGAGAACCCCUCCCACACGGGGCCCGUCCUCCCUGACCCUUCCUCAUCUUCCUCCACUACUACUUCUUCAGCCGCAGCGGACCGCAGAGCCUCGAGUAUCGCCGCGCUGCGCCUCAAGGCCAAGGAACACUCAGCUCAGCUCACCCAGCUAAACAUCCUGCCCACCGGAGCCACAGGGAAGGAGGUGUGCUGAACA